UUUCUAAAUUCUAAAUGUAAUUAAGAAUUAAAUUCUGCCAGCUGAUUUUCUUAGUUUCUAUAAUUAAAUCUCAUUUGAGUUUGUGACCAUAUAUUUCGAUUCGUCCAUCUCAUACACAUUGCUUUACGUCGUCGUUUAGUAGAGGGAGCGUGAUGGCCACAAGCUCUAUUUCCCUUUACUUUUCACAUAUCUUCUUACUUACUUCAUAAACAAAUCACUGCCACAUAAAGGCUGAGUAAGAGAGAGUCGUUCCAAUGGCUAUCAUCGCAACCACGUUCGGCACGGGGCUAAGUUACGCCGGUCAGCUUCCAUUCAAACGAGUCACCGCGGGAGAGAUGGGACAAAAGCAGCAGAGAAUGGUGGUGGUGAGAGCAGAAGGCGGCGGAGGAGGAAUCAAUCCAGAGAUCAGAAAGAACGAAGAGAAGGUCGUUGACUCCGUCGUCGUCACCGAGCUUUCCAAGAACAUAACUCCCUAUUGCAGGUGUUGGAGGUCGGGGACGUUUCCAUUGUGUGAUGGGAGUCAUGUGAAGCACAACAAAGCUAAUGGAGAUAACGUUGGCCCUCUUCUUCUCAAGAAACAGUAGUUCUUUUUGUUUUUUUUCUCGUUUUUCUUGGUGAUGUAUUGAUACUCGUCUUAUUGAAUAAAAAGAUCAUUAUAUAGUGAAAUAAAGCU